AUGGGUUCCAGCUCUAAAAGAAAGAAGGAGAAGAAGAAGGACUUCCAGAAACCCAAACUCAAGGUUGGCAAGACUAAAGCGAAGCCUGACAACUACACGGACACAACCUUCAAGUCAAAGUCAAUUGUUCUUACCCAACAAUCCCUCCACCUUGCCGCCCCGACCUCUAAUGCCACAUUCACGCAUAACCUAUCUCUUCUCUCCGCUAAAUCGGACAGCCAAAGACGCGACUCGCUUGCUUAUCUGACCACAUCAAUAUCCUCUCGGCCAGUAAAUUCACCUUUGCCGCAACCAGUCAGUGUCAUCUUACCAUCCCUGCUUCCGCUCAUCCUCGAUGGAUCUGCCAAUGUACGGACCCAGCUCCUCAAGCUCUUGAAGACCCUCCCACAGGGUGAUGUGGAGGACCAUGUGGGACAACUCCUGCCAUAUGUCCGCGCUGGAAUGACCCACCUUGCAGCGGACAUCCGCGUCUCCGCCGUGGAAAUUCUGUCAUGGAUGGUCGAAGCAGCGGGAGAGUCAACGGUUUCCUGCGCAGGAGGAUGGAUCAAAACCCUCAACUGCUUUUUAUCCGUCCUGGGCUGGCACACGGAAGAGUCUUCACGGUGGUCUUCCAACCGAGCUUCAUUCGGAAAGUCUGGUAGCCAGGGCAAACCCAUGGUCAAAACACUCGGAGUCCUUUCCGAGUUUUUGGAAGCAGGUAUUGGAAAGCCUUCUACUGGCAAUGCCGAUAGUGAGAUGUCUGAUGAUGACGAAAGUCCUUCGUGGCCCUUCCCGCUUUGUCAGACAGCUCACCAUAUGAUCUCUGACUCUUCUACUCCGUUCGCGUAUCUGAACUUGUUUGGACAGCCGCGUGACGAGGAGGGAGAGAUGUACGAGACCCGCGAAGAUCGGUUCCGUGUAUUCUCGUCGCGUUUCCAUCCAGCCAUGGAGCGCGGGCUCAAGAGUGCCAGAGAAGAAGGUGGCGAAUUGGGUCGCGCGUCUUCGGGCGUAAGCAAAGUCUUGAAACACGCAGUUGCGUACGGACCAGGGCCAUGA